UAGAACUAUAAAACAGACCCGCCUCCCCCUCUUCGGCGCUCAGUCUACGCGGCGGCCGGCGGUUUUUUUUCCGCCGCCUGCUUCGGGCGGACCACGACGUUCUGCUACGAAGGGCGUUGUCUUGGUGGAUUGUCGAAGUGUUGAAUGCGCUUGAUGCAUGCAUAGAACCAUUUCAAAUGAAAACGAGAGGGGAAAUGUUUUGAUGACGUGAUGCCAACGUGGGCAGAUGAAAACUGGCUGGGUGGCUGUUUAUUAAGAAGUUUGAAUUUUAAUCUCUGUUUCUCAACCCUGUCCACUGCAAGAACUCUGGAUGGAUCUAAAUGUACUACAUUUUGGUUCUUCACGCACUGAUGAGGAUGAGAAGAAUUUGAGGAUAUUGCUUGAAGCUUUUGGUUCUGUGGUUUCCCUUGAGGACAUAGCUUCAAUCUACUCUCAAAAUGGUCAGAACAUGCAAUCUACUGCUGAAACCCUCUGUAACAUGCAGGGUGGCAUAGCUGAAACUUCAUCGAGAAAACCACAGGAUAAUGUGGGAAAGGUAUUUUCUGCAUCUCCUCUUUCUGAUACUGUAUUAGAGGCAUCUGCUUCCUCAAAACCACAGGACACUGUAGAAAAGACAUCUUCCUCAAAACCACAGGACAAUGUAGAAAAGACAUCUUUUUCCUCAAAACCACAGGACAAUGUAGAAAAGACAUCUUCUACAUCAACUCUUUCUAAUAGUGGAUCUGAGAAUGAUCAGGUGGUUAAUUCAAAGCCAAAAAAGUGUUCAGCAACAAUUGGAACUGUGUCCAGCAUGAUUGGAAAGGAUUAUGUCAGGCCUAGACCUCAGAAAACAGGAUCGGAUAAGAAGGGAAAACCAGUGAAAUUACAUUUGGGAGAUUUUCUUGCCUCUGAGAUCUGGGAAGAGAAAAAUGUGGAUACUUCUCAUGCCAAAUUCAUGGACAGAGAUAUGCAGGAGUUUAUUUUCAAAAUGCUUGGAGAUGGCUUUCAGCUGGAUAGGAGUGUGAUUCAGGAUGUUGUCGGUCAAUGUGGCUACAAUAUGCCAAUGUGCGUAGAUAAACUUCUCAACCUGUCAACAGCAGCCCCUGUGAAAAGUGAUGAUGCUAUUGGUAUAUCUGCUGGAGAUGUGAAGCCAGCUGCAGGAAGUAUGAAGACUGGUGUCCAAAUGGGAACAAUAUUGCCUCCGGCAGAGAUCGAAAAGAAGAAUAUUGAAAGAGAAAUUUUGAAUGCACUUUUUUGUGCACCUGACAGAACAGAAGAGGACUCCAGUCCAGUUAGACCUGUGCAACAGCCUCUAUCUAGGAUUGUGACCAAACCACCAGAUGAAAUAUUUAUCGAAGAUUUUACUUUUAUUACAAGACAAGCUGUUAACGAGAAAAGUUAUGAAGAAAACCUGAGUAGCUAUGAGGAGUUCCACAGAGUGAAGGUGGAAUAUUGGGAUAGAAUGAAAGAGUGUUACAAAGCUGCUGUGGAAGCAUAUACUAUGGAGGAUUAUGAAAAUGCAAAUGAACUUGUGGAGAAGGGUCACUCAUAUAUGAGGAAGGCCCAAGAAGCAAAUGAUAAAUCUGCUCAAAAGCUUAUUGAGGACAGCGAUGAGGAAAUAAUUUCUUUGAACAUGCACUAUUUGGGGCCAAAGGAUGCUCUACGCCAAAUGAAGCUUAAUUUGACAACCUUUUCGGGUUUGCCAGGUAUUAGCUGCUUAAAGGUUGUAGUUGGCACUGAACCGGGAGAAGCCAAAGACGAACGGAGAAAGCAUCUGAUCACAAAGCUUUUGGAGAAAGAGGGGAUUCCCUGGACAGAAGAAGGGAAUGGACGGAUAAUCACCAUUGCUGUGAAGGAGAUAGAUCCGAGAAACCUUAGCUUUGCAAACAAAUAGCCAGUCUUUCAAAUUCUCUUUCCAUAAGAACUGAUAUUUUGAGGUUUGAUAUUGUCUUCGACAUUCUGUGGCAACAGAUCUUACCAUUUUAUAAUGAGCGGAAGGGAAUGUACAGGCAAUCACCAUCACCGUGAUGUACGUAUCCGAAGAAACCUUGGCUUAGCAAACAUAUAACUAGUUUUUUGAAAUUCCCUUUCCAUAUAAACUGAUCUUUUUGAGUUUUGGACAUUUUAUUACCAUUCAUCAACAAUCACUAAUGGUAGUGCCUUUUUUUGACUA